GUUAUCUUUCUCUCUCAACUUUGAUGGCCAUGGAUAUAUAUCCCACAAAAGUUCAACCAAUACAUGCAACAGAUUUCCAUAAAAAUCGUAGCUUCAGUGAUUAUUGGGUUGUUAGGGUAUGCAGCCCCUCGUAUGGUGGAUGUUUUGGCCUACUUUUGGCCUCUUUUGGCUUCGACUGUGGUGGAGAUGGUUGGCUUUGGUGGUCUCUCACAGCUUGCAACUGAAGGCCACGGUGAAAAGGUCGGUGAGGGACUUCUGAUGGACUAUGUAGCAGCUCCCCGGACAGAGCAUAUCACAGAGCUUCAGUAGCCAAGAUUGGGUUGUAUUUUUCUUACUCAUCUUUCAAAAACAUGAAAGUUAAUCCCGAAUAUAUAAUAAUAGUAAUU